AUGCAGCUCAAGACCCUCACUCUCCUGGGUCUCGCCUCGGCAGCCAACGCCCAAACCCUCGCCGACGUCCUCGCCGAGAACGCGGCUACUCUCUCCUCCCUCACCAGCUUCCUCCAGUCCGAAGAGGUCAUCUACGAGCUCUUCGCCAACGCCCAAGAUGUCACCCUCCUCGCCCCCUCCAACGAGGCCCUCGCCCGUCUGAACGCCACCCCUCUGGCCAACGAGCUCCUCUCCGACCCCAACUACCUCACCGCCUUCCUCGCCUAUCACGUCCUCAACGGGACCUUCUACGCCUCCAACCUCACCUCCUCCCCCACCCAAUUCCUCCCCACCAUCCUCGACCUCGCGGCGUACAGCAACGUCACCGGCGGCCAGAGACUCCAAGUCCAGGCCGCUGACGGCGGCGUGAGCUUCCUUUCUGGAAACGGCGAGCUCAGCACUGUUGAAUCCGCCAACUUCAACUACACCGGCGGCACCAUCCACAUCAUCGACAACUACCUCACUAUCCCCGCUCCUUUGCCCGCCGCCCUCCUGGAGCAAAACCUCACUGCUCUUGUCGGCGCCGUGACGCAGGCUGGUGUUGCCGAGACGCUCACCAACGCGCGGGACAUUACCCUUUUUGCCCCCAACAACGCGGCGUUUGAUGCGAUUGGGAACCUGGUCAGCGAGCUGACUGUUGAGCAGCUGACGGGGAUUCUGGGGUAUCACGUCAUUGUCGGGCAGACUGUUUAUUCCAGCCAGAUUGAGGACGGGGCUACGGCGACUACUUUCCAGGGGGGUGAUAUUACGCUUCGGGUGGAGGAUGGGAGCGUUUUUGUCAACAGUGCUAGGGUUGUGAAGGCUGAUGUGCUUUGCGCCAAUGGGGUUAUUCAUGUUAUUGAUGGUGUCCUCAACCCCUCCAACACCGACGCUGAGCCCAACCCUGCCGAGUCCACCCAGGCUCCCGCUUUCUCUGGCGCCAGCAGCACCGGCGGUGUCCCCUUCACCUCUGGCAUCACUGUUCCCACCAGUGCUCCUGCCGAGCCUACUGCUACCUCUGGCCCUGACAGCGGCAACGGUGAUGACACUCCUGUUGAGGCUGGUGCUGCUGCUCAGGGUGCUGCUCUUGGCAUGGCCGCCCUCUUUGGCGCUGCUGUACUCUUGGCUCAGCUGUAA